AUGGUUGAGUCACCAAAAGGAAUUUUUGCCAUAUCUCCUGGUGACCGCAUUGCACAGCUGCUUAUUUUACCUAGCCUCCAUGAGCAUUUUGAAGCGCAGCAACAGACUAGGGCAGAAAAGGGUUUCGGAUCCACAGGAGUAGAUCUGACAUUUAUAUCUCUUGAUUUGGACCAAAGACCAGUGCUAGAACUAAAAAUAGACAAUAAAAAGAUAUUAGGUCUUCUAGAUAAUGGAGCAGAUAAAAGUAUAAUUGCAAAAAAGGAUUGGCCGUUGGGAUGGCCUAUACAGACCUCUCCUCAAGCAUUACAAGGCCUAGGAUACGCAAAAACUCCUGAAAUGAGUGCAAGACAACUCUCCCGGAAGGACGAUGAAGGCCACUCAGGCACUAUUCAGCCUUACGUGCUAGAGCUGCCAGUAUCAUUGUGGGGAAGAGAUCUGUUAAAAGAGAUGGGGUUUACUCUGAGCAAUGAAUAUUCAGCUGUUUCCCAAGAUAUGAUGACUCGCAUGGGGUAUCAUCCUGGCUUUGGCCUAGGGAAAUUUCUACAAGGCAAUAAAGAGCCCAUCCAAGUAAAACAAAAGUUAGACAAACAGGGACUGGGUUUUUCAUAG